AUGGCCCCGUGGAACCCCCAUGUGAAUACUUGCCUUUUUGCUGCUUGCCUCUGCCUUUGGAGAGGAAUGCUGGGCCACAGUCCCUUGGGGCCCAAAGUGCUGGCGGAAUCUGUCCUGAAUUCUAAUGCCAUGUGCAUGACCCUGCCCUGGCUGACCCGGCGCCAAUUUGGACUCUGUGUACGCAGCCCAGAAGCGAUGGCUUCAGCUUUACAGGGCAUUCACCUCGCCCUCCAUGAGUGCCAACACCAGCUGCAAGAGAGGCGCUGGAAUUGUUCCGACCUGAGCAGUGGGAGCACUGUGCUUCUUAACAGUGCCAUUCUGAAGAGAGGCUUCCGGGAAAGCGCAUUUGUCUUCUCCUUGCUAGCAGCUGGCGUGACCCAUGCAGUGGCAACUGCCUGCAGUCUUGGGGAACUACAAAGUUGUGGCUGUGCCAGACAAGGCACAGAGAACCAGAAACUGAAACUCACCCAGCUGCAGUCUCUAAGCCGGGGCAAGAGCCUGCCCCCUAUGCCAUCCUCGUUGUGGGGGCAACCUAGCCCGCAGGACACCUGGGAAUGGGGUGGCUGCAGUGCAGAUUUUGCCUAUGCCCAGAGAUUUGCCCGGCAUUUUUUAGACCCACGAAGAAAACCUCGUGACGCUCAUGCCCGGAUGCAGCUACACAGUCACCGCGUGGGCAGAAAGGUGGUGUCAGAGCUGAGCAAGCGCAGAUGUAAAUGUCACGGCCCCUCUGGGAGCUGCCAGUUUCGGACAUGUUGGUUAGCAGCCCCAGAUUUCCACCACGUGGGUUCCACCUUACGGGACCGAAUGGACUAUGCCACACUCUCGCGGCUGGACAACAGAAACUCGGGAGCCUUCUGGCCACGACUCCACAGCUCCCAUCUGGCCAAGCACCUCAUCUUCUACGAAUCCUCCCCUGAUUUCUGUGAGCCAGAUCUGAGCCUAGGUUCCUCAGGCACCCACGGUCGCCCUUGUGUCAAGAGCAGCCCACGGCCAGAUGGCUGUAGCAGCCUGUGCUGUGGCCGUGGCCACAACAUGCUGCAGGAGGUGCGAGCUCAGCGUUGCCAAUGCCGUUUCCAUUGGUGCUGCCAUGUGCAGUGUGAGGAGUGUCCUUCCACAGAAUGGGUUAGUGUCUGCAAAUGA